UUUAAUAAAUAAGGGGAGUAAGUAUAAAAUAAAAUAACAGAGAUAAUAUUAAAAGGUGGGUGGUAUGGAUGUUAAAAAAAUAAAAAAUAAAAUAAAAUAAUUAAAAAGAAUAGGCUAAAUUAGAAAGUGGGUAUGUAGAACAUCAAAAAGAAAAAUAUUGUUUGUACUCUAUUCUCAUAAGACCGAGCUUCUAGCAUUCAUUUUACAGCCUAUAUAUACCUCAUUCUCUCAGACCAGUUUGUAGUAGAAUUGUGAAAAUUAAGCAAAUAUAGUUAAAAAAAAAAAAAAAAAUGGAACCAAACCAUUGUUCCAACAAACAAACAAAAGAGCUAUUAGAUGCAGUAGGUUUUAUAUGGAACCAUAGUUUAUCGUUCCUAAAUUCCAUGGCUCUAAAGUGUGCCAUUCAACUAGGCAUCUCAGAUGCCAUCAAAAAACAUGGCAAACCCAUGACUCUUGUUGAGCUAACUAAUUCUCUUUCGAUCCAUCCAAACAAGGCUUCGUCCUUGCAUCAAAUGAUGCGUCUUCUUGUUCACAACAAUUUCUACACCACACAAAUUUUACCGACUGGAGAAGAAGCAUACGAUCUUACCCUAAACUCCGAACUCCUUUUAAAAGAUCACCCUCUUACUCAUGCACCCUUAGCCCUUAUAGGGAUAACUCCGCAGUUAACUGAACCAUCUCACCAUUUUGCUAGUUGGUUUCAAAGUCAUGACCAAUCUUGUGAGUCUUCUUUUCACGUGGCUCAAGGCAUGCAUUUGUACAAAGGCAUGCCUAGUGAUACCAAACUCAAUGACUUGUUUAACCUAGCCAUGGCAAGUGAUUCUCGAUUGAUCUCGAGCUUGUUGCUGACUAAUAAUAAGUUCAAAGCCCUAAUCCAAGGCAUUGAAUCCAUCGUCGAUGUUGGUGGAGGUACUGGUACUAUGGUUAAAGCCAUUGCUGAGGCUUUUCCUGAGGUGAAUUGUAUCUUGUUUGAUCAACCACAUGUAGUCAACAAUUUACAACUAAAUGAAAUAAGGAACUUGACUUAUGUUGCCGGUGACAUGUUCAAAUCUAUUCCUCAAGCUAAUGUCGUCUUACUCAAGUGGAUAUUGCACAACUGGAGUGAUGAAAAUUGCAUAAAGAUACUUGAAAAGUGCAAAGAAGCAAUUCCAAGUAGAGAAAAAGGAGGAAAGUUGCUGAUCAUAGAUAUGGUAGUCGGAAUCCCAAUUAACAAUGAAAAUCACUCCAGAUCCCAGUUUCUUGCGGACAUUCAAAUGUCGUAUCUUUUUGGAGGAAAAGAAAGAACUGAACAACAAUGGAAAUUUCUCUUUGAUAAGGCUGGUUUUUGUGACUAUAACAUUUUACCAAUUUUAGGGUCGAGGUCUGUUAUCGAGGUUUUUCCUGCAUAACAAAAAUCUUGUUCGAUGAUUUCUACAUGUGUGAUUGUGGUAUAAGGUUUAUGGGUGUGUUUUAAGUUUCUGGUCAUGUACGUUUUAAGAUUGCACUUGUGUGUUUUUUUUUUAUCAUGCUUUCGCAUUUUUACACAAUAUUCGUGUUUACAUUUGUAUGUUGUUAUUUUCCUUUGAAUAAUUCUAAGUGGAAUGAAGAUGGGAUUUGUUUGUUUAA